AAAAAAAUUAAUAUAUAACAUAACAAUAUGAGGUGAUGGCCUGUUUUUUUUUGCAGAAGUAAAUAAUAUUGGAUCGAAAGUUUGAAAAAUACUUAGAACAUCUUAAUAACUAAUGUCAUGGCAGUUUUAUUUUACAACGUAGCCGGUGAAAAACAUAAUACAUGACACAACAAACAAUGAGCUGGCUAUUACAAUCUAUAGCAGUCUUGGCGUUUUGCACCAUCGAAGAGGAAAUAUUAAAAUUAAAGAUCCACAGUAUACAUAAUCAUUUAUUGUACAAUGUUUUGGUUGUACUUUAACCAAAGUAAACAUUAUGAACACUUGUCUCUUCGACAUUCGGAAUACCAGAAAGAGCAUUUAAAUCAAAACUCAUUGCUUCAGCAAUCCUCAACUACAAAACUCAAAACAAGUGUCAUCCCAAGAUAUGAUAAAUCGUGGAGCCGUUUCGCAUUUGUAAGAUUAACCAAAUGCUCAUGGAAUUCAGUUUGUCACAUUGGAUUGCAAUUCAUUAUAUUACUAAUCUUAUCUUGUCGAAUUGAGUGGUGUCAGUGUUUACCUGAUGGACGCGCGACUUGUCGGUCGGUUGCAGGUUUAACUAAAGACCAACUUGAACUUUGCUACAAAGCUAGUGAUGUGGCAACAGCAGCUCUCGAAGGUCUAGACAUGGCAAUACGUGAAUGCCAAUUACAGUUUCUGUGGCAUCGUUGGAAUUGUUCAUCACUUAGCACAAAAAUACGUAAUCCACAUGUAUCAAAUCUUCUUAAAAAAGGUAAAUAAUAAUUUUCCUACUAUUCAAUAAUGU